GCAGAGCUCGACGCCAUGGCAAGAACCAAGCAGACCGCCCGUAAGUCCACCGGUGGCAAGGCGCCCAGGAAGCAGCUCGCCACUAAGGCCGCCCGCAAGAGCGCCCCGGCCACCGGCGGCGUGAAGAAGCCUCACCGUUACAGGCCGGGCACCGUGGCUCUGAGAGAGAUCCGCCGUUAUCAGAAGUCUACUGAGCUGCUCAUCCGCAAGCUGCCCUUCCAGCGCCUGGUGAGAGAAAUCGCUCAGGACUUCAAGACUGAUCUGCGUUUCCAGAGCUCGGCCGUCAUGGCCCUGCAGGAGGCGAGCGAGGCGUACCUGGUCGGCCUGUUCGAGGACACCAACCUGUGCGCCAUCCACGCCAAGAGAGUGACCAUCAUGCCCAAGGAUAUUCAGCUGGCCCGCCGUAUUCGCGGAGAGCGCGCUUAAACGACGACCGCGUCUAAUCUACACAAAGGCUCUUUUAAGAGCCACCUCACAGUCUCAGCGAAAUGAGCAAGUCUUCGUACCUUGGCUGUUUAAAAACUAAAUGUAAUGUGGUAGGGAAAAAAAAAAAAAGAACCUUUGAAAUAUUUUUAUAACCUGUAUAAAUAUAUACAUUAUUAUAAAUAUUAUAUAAUGUUUGUGUGUUAUGUGCUUAUACGCGCGCGCUCUCACGCUGUGGCACACUUACAGUGAAAAGGGAGCAGUGAACCAUAAGGUUUAUUUGUGACGUCAUGCGCUGGGGUCAGAGGCUUAGAACUAUGCUGUUGGUUUGAUUGACAGUUUUUCCCUUUAUGACGCCGCGGGGAUUCAUCGGUCUUUAAAUGUUGUGGUUUCUGCGCGCGCCUCUUCACUAAUUUGAAGGGGAGAAGCAGAAGGGUUUCUCCGCGUUAUCGUCAUUCCGCCUAAUAUCCAUCUGCACUUGUCUUUCUUUUCUGCUUAGAAAUGAUCAGAUAUAAUACUAUAUUUAAUCAUUGGUGUAUAUUUAUCAAGGACAACAUGUGACAUUUUUAUUUA